CCUUUCCGCUCUGUUGAGUCGGUAGAGACGCCAUCUUGAUUUCCCUAACAAACAGGACAGCAUCUUGUGAUGAAGACUUAACUUGAGAAUGGUCAUUUGUGCUGGAAUGUAAUGUAAAUAAGAAACUGGAGUUUAAUUUGUGAACUUGGAAGAUAACACAGUAGUGUGUUCAUGACUCUGUUGACAAUGGCCCCGACUCGCACGGAGGAGAGCGAUGCCCACAUGCGGGAGCGACUGGUAAACAGCCUGAGCCAGUCCUUUCCAGGUAGCGCCCUCUCACGUGCCCUACAGUGCAUGCAGCCAGAGUCUGAUGACGACGAGUUCAAGUUGGAUGAUGACAUGCUCAGUAGCAGUUGUUUUGCUGAACUACGGCUGGAGAAAGGUCCCAUUGAGGAUGACGAUUUGACAAGUUUGUCAUGGUUACAGGACACCAAUCUUCUACAGAACAUAAAUGCUGAGGAAGAUGAAGAAAACUUGGAAGGACAGAAGGAAAACGGAGAUACGAAAGAGGGAAACCACUACAACCAAUCGCACCCACCACAUGUGCCAUACAAUCCACAGAAACAUGUCAACAGCAAACCACCAUAUUCCUUCAGCUGUUUGAUAUUCAUGGCAAUCGAGGACUCUCCACAGAAGAAACUGCCAGUGAAAGACAUUUACUCAUGGAUUUUAGGACAUUUUCCGUACUUUCAACAUGCCCCUACUGGGUGGAAAAACUCUGUGCGACACAACUUAUCUCUCAACAAGUGUUUCAAAAAGGUGGAUAAAGACAGAGGACAGAGUAUUGGUAAGGGAUCACUAUGGUGUAUAGACCCGGACUACAGACCUAACCUGCUGCAGGCGCUCCGGAAGACGCCCUAUCAUCCCUACCAUCAGCUUCAGAUGCUGGCUAACCCACAGCCAUCUCAUCAGUACUCCUUUGUCCAAAAUGGUCCAAAACCCCUACCCCUGACCCCUCGGCUGGGACACAACUCCAUCUCACCUCAUUUAUUCCCAUUUUUGAGCAAGAGAUUGGCACAGUCGAACUGUGAUAUAGAUAGUGAUAUCCAGGAUGUAGCCCAUACCCUUGUCUCUCUCAAGAGUUUUAGCAGCGGAAAUUCAUCAGCUAAAUCUUCAGAUGGUGAAUAUUCACCGCCCGAGCACCAAAGAUUGCGACUCAAGCGGAAGCAGAGGCAACUAACUCCGAGUUACCACAAGCGACGGAAUAUGGGAGAUGUGAUCUGUACUCUUGUACCUAGUGAGGACCAUACAUACAGUGUCACAAAUGUGCUGAAGGCACCCCCAUCCCCUGGAUCCUCUAUAGAUGAGGAAUAUGAUUUUGGCGAUGAGGAUGAAGAAGAGGAGUUUAGUGAAUACAGCUACAACAGUGACGAGUGGGAAAGUGCCGAUGAGGUUGAUGGCCCUCUUCCUGUUGGCAACACCACACGAUACAUACCCCACAAAAAUACGCCAGAGGAGGAGGCUGAAGAACAGAAGAAGAUAGUGGAGGGUGCAGAUGCACUGCUCAACCUAGCAGGAAUUAAAACUAAUGGACCUUCCUCACCUGUAGUGAAUAGUAAAUCAGCCAAACGCAACACGCCAAGCUCCCUAGCAAGGUAGAUCAACCAAUAGCAUUGACAAGUAAUGAUAAUUGUUGUGCUAAGAGACGAUGCCAAAUGAGAUUCGCCCUGAACCUUGUGAAGUACUACGGGUGUAGACAUUGGACGUUGUGGUGGGCAGCGAAUAUAUUUUGUACGUGGACCAGUAGGAGACAACUAAGCGAAGCUGGACUUUGUCUUCCUCUUUAUCAUGUGAUGGACCUAUUUUUUGUUGGAGCUCCAGUGGAGGCUUCUGGUGUUCUUAUCACCUAGUGAUGGGACUUGUUUUACUUUGUACAGAGAGCUCCAGUAGAAAUUCCUUGUAAACUUACCACUGCAGGCUUGUAUAACUUCAGUACAGGACUAUUACCCUAACUCUGUUUUACCACUUUAUAAACAAACAUUUUUCAGAAUGACUUGUGAAAGUAUAGCUUGGUAACAUGAUCAGAUAUGAAGUACCAGACAAGAGACAGGUCGGUCAGUUUGUUUUAGUUUGUAAGAUUUCAGGUGCUAUGUAUUCUAUAAAUUCUUUGCAUUCACCUUGUUCAUGAGACGACGCUUAUAAACAGUUCUGAUUUACAUAUGAAAUGUGCAAUUACAGAAUAUCAUUGAAUCAAAUUAUAUACCAAACUGUGUUCCAUCUCUUCCAAAAUAUUUAUGAUGUUCUGUUUUGUUAGUCCUUGAAAAUAAGGGUGAUUUGAUAUGGAUGAGGUAUGAUUUUUUUUGUAAUUAUUGCUUAAGAGAUGCUUUUUCGGUAAUGAAACAUCUUGAUUGUUAGUAAAAAAGUUAAGAAAUUUCAGAUUGGUGGCUACAGUGAGUCAUUGACGUACCAAAUAGCUAAUAGUUCUCAUGAGUUAGUGAGAUGGGUACAAUAUAUAUUUUGGUGCUAAUAAAUGCAAUAUUGUUAAUAUUGAUAUCAUUGUUCAAUCAAAUUUUGGUCUGGUCAUGUCAGAAUCAUCAACAUUUUUUGACUUGUAACAGUUUAGACCAUAACAAUUCAAUCAUUUCAUUACAUCUGAUGUCAAAACUUUACCGCAAUAAACACAUGACUUGUUAAAAAAAAUCUGUCGGAUUUAUCCGUGAGGGUUUAUUCAGCUUCAUUGGAUUAUUUCUCAAGCUGGACCAUUGUUGUCGAGGUCGAAACUUUUUUCACAUACCAUGUUAAACAAAUGUUACAAUUCUUUUAAUACCUAUGUGUUCAAAAUGUAUGACUUUACAAGAUGGAUAUUAUUACAUUUUUUGUGGCUUGUGAAGUAACUGAUUGUUAUUGUUUGUUAAUGUAUGUAUAUGCCAUACAAUUAGUUAUAUGAGAUCGUUACAAGUUUUAGGGAUCUCGUGCCAAUAUGUUGUCCUUAUUAUAAGGUACUUGUUAAACUUACAGGACAGCUUGGUAGUGUUAUCUUAUUUGCUUAUUGAUCGAUAGUACAGUAGUAAACUAAAUAAAAAAAAAAGUUUUAUAUCUCAACAAUCUUUGAUCACUGGUUUAAUUCUUAUUUGAAGUGCAGUUAUCACAUUAAAAACCAAGUUAAUUAAUGCUAAGAAUUCAACGUAACGUUUUUGAAAUAGCAUUCAUGAGCAGAUCCAACUUGAUAUUAGAAGUUCCAUGAAAAUUGUCUCCCCUUAAUUUGAUAAUUUUGGAAUAGCAUUUCAUCAUUUUACACUUUAAAAGACAAAGUUUUUGUUAAUGUUGCAAUGGUGGCGCCGUUAGGAUGUUGUUCAUGUUUGGUCCCUGUAAUCACUGAUGUCACAGUGGACAAACAUGUACAACUUAUUUGUUAUAUAUCUUGUUAUUUUGUGCAUAUACAUUGUUGCAGUUUUUAAUAUCAAUUAAGUAGCUGUGUACAGUUAGGUAAUAUAUGAAAUACUCCUAAUAUUUAGUGCUUAGUAAGGAUGAGCAAGCCAUAAUGAUGAUAGCACAGGUAUAUUUUUUAUCAAAUGCUAUGUUAUCAAUUUAUAUAUUAGCAAUUUAUUUACCAAUAUGUAAAAGUUUUUUUUAUGUAAAUAUUUGCAGAAUUCUACUUGAGUGGAAAAAGAGUAUGUUUUCAGUCUAAAAUAACAAUAGGAGACACAGAAUUGAUUAAAAAUGUUCUCAUUACAAAUUGCUCAUUUCAGGUAUUUGAUAUUUCAUUUUGGAUCUUAAGUUAUUUUACAAUUGUGUAAAAUAAAUUGAGACAAAGUUAUAAAUUAAAAUAUACUUUAUUAUUGGUAUUUUAUAAAAUCUUUACAAUAUGUCAGUACACUUAAAUUUUGCUUAUCACUCUUUGAGGUUAGAAAAAGAUCAUAUUUAAAAUUUGUUUCUGAAAAAUGUUUAUCUGGAAGAACAAAAUGUAUUAACUGCUUGAUUUUGGGGAAAUGUCACACCGUCAUGUUUUUUUUUAGAAAAAACAACAUUUCUUAUUACUAAUGUAAUGACAAUUUUUAUUAUCUUUUAUAAUCUGCCAUAUAAAUUUUAAUCAGAUCAUGAAAGUUUUGUUCAGAAGUAAUUUGUAAGUUUUCAAUUGUAACCCUUGGAGCUUUCCUUGAUGUCAGGGAGACAGUGGUUCUUUAUAACAUGUUUGUAGGUCACUAAGUAAGUACACGUUACAACAUGAGUAAGGGGACCUAUAUCAGUGGAAGUCUGUGAUACAUCGUUUGUUAGUCUGGUUCUAGACGCUGGAAAGCUUUACACAAAUCUACACAUUCUCAAUGCAGCACAGAAUAACUUUAUAUGAAUCAGGACCUGUUUUUUUUCAACUCCAGAUAACUUCAUAAAAGUCUAGCUCUUCUCCCUAACACUAGUGAACUUAAUAUAAAGCUACUGAUUUUGUCUUGAACACUGGUAAACUUAAGAUAUAGAUACUGAUUUUGUCCUGGACAUCAGUAAAUUUAAGAUUAAGCUUCUUAUUUUGUCUUGAAGACUGUAAAUUUCCUGUGAAUAUACUGGUUCCUUAUUCCAGUCCAUGGUGAAAUAAAUGUAAAAUCUGGACUCAUGGUCCUUACCAUGGGUUGGAUUUACUGAAACUUUUUGUCAGUCACACCAGUUAACUUUAUAUAAACCUAAACCUCGCAUCAGUUAAACCUGUUAACUUUAUAUAAACCUAAAUCUGUUAUCAGUUACACCAGUUAACUUAAUAUAAACUUAAAUCUCUUAUUGGUCACACCCGUUAACUUUAUAAAGCCCUAAACCUCUGAUCAGUAACACCUCUUAACGUGGUUGAAAUCUAAAUCACAAUAAGUAACACAACAUUAUCAGGACUCUUGUCAAAAUGCUGGUUGAGUUUUUUUUUUUUUUUUUUUUUUAAAACAAGGCUUAUCUUAAAGUUACAAUUUAUUGAAGCUUUUGGAACAGAUAUUUUUCAUAAGAGAUAAGACAUCAACAGUUAUUUUGAAUGUUUUCUUUUCAAAUAUUAAAAGUGACUUUCAGGGAGGGAUUUAUAAGAUAAAUCAGAUUAGUUUACCGUAUUACCCCACACAGUAAUCCAUUGAAGGCAGAAUUCCAGAAAUAUUUUAAUUUUGUGUGCCUCUCCUAUGUGAGACAUAUCAUAGGCUAUACUUGUACAACACAUACUCUUUAUUUUUGUUAUGUAACAAAAGUAUGAGGGAAAAUAUGAAAUAUGAUUUUGUAUAAUGUUCAGCUUAAAAAAGUUAUUAUUAUUUUGGAUGAACAUGUGUCUUCCACAACGUCAAAAUGCCAGGAACUUGUCAAAAUAAGAGCUACAUGCUUUAAUGUGUCCUGGCCACUUUGAUGGUAUUCUAGAACUUUGUGCUCAAUAUUUUGUGUUAAAAAUGUACAGCCUCUGUUUUACAAGCUUUAUUGUGUUCACAAUGGUCCCUAGUCAGGAAACUGGAGUUUUGUUGUAACAGUUUAAAGCCUUAAUUCCAGUACUGUUAUGUUCUGCCAGGCAGGUAGUCAUAUUUGUGUACCAUAACUUUCUACUUCGGCAGUAGUUUAAAUCUAAGAUUAGAAAUACAUAGUAAAUGUCGAAACAUUUCAGUGAUUAUUGAGUAUUGUUAAAGUGAUUGCCUAUAAAUUUUUUUCUACAAUUUCUUUUUUAUGAAGAGAGAUAAAAGUGAAAUUGGCAAAUGUUGUAGAUGUAUGAGAUAUUGCAAAAUGAAGAAAAUUUAUGACUGAUGAAGCAGUGACAUCUGCCAACAUCUUUUACCAAUGUAGACAGCCCUAUAGGAGGGCUUGUGGUAAACAGUUAAAAAGUCCUAUGCAAUACUGUUUUGGUCAGAUUUCUUUGAUAGUAUUUUUCAAUCAAAAAAUGUGCAAUACAACUAUUAACAUAGACUGUUGAAGUGAAACACAUAGUUUUUCGAGUCAUGACAAUUUGAGUACUUCAUGCAGCAAACAGGUGCAAUAGGACAAUGUUGGCAUUCUUCAUUUGAUAAAAUCAUGUAUGAAAACAUUGAAUCAUUCAUGUCAAAAAUCAUUUGUCAAUCUUCAUCCUACAUGGUUAAGGUGUAUAGUUUGUACAUACAAUGAAGACUAGUUCUUAAUAAACAAAUCAAUACAGAA